CUCUGGGGUGCCUGGGUCCCCAGGCUUUGUGGCACCCCGUGGGGCUGCGCGCCGGGGUGCCUCUGGGGCUCCCUGGGUCUGGGGCUGUGGGGGCGCCUUGGAUCGAGACCCAGCGCUCCGUGGGGCUGUCUGGUCCCCCGGGCUGCGGUGGCCGUGGGGCUCCUCAUCCGGGGUGCUUAGAGGGUUUUGGUGGGGGAGCUGGGAAAAGGGGGUGCUGGGAGGCACAGGGUCCUGUGGUGGUGCUGCCCCCCCACCCCACCCCUUCGGCACACCCACCCCUCCCUGGGGGCAGGAGAACCCCACUAGCCACCCCGGGUGUCUGUGCCCUGGUGGCAGUGGUGAAGGUGAGCUUUUCUGCCUGGGUUUUGAAAUUCCCCCUCCCAGAAGUAGAUCCACCAAGUGUUUGAUCAUCUAAAUGAAAGUUGCACAAUUUCACCCUUAGCUGGUUUGUUUGCACAAUGCUCCCCCAUGAAGCGGGUUAGUGGGUUGCAGUACUUUCUCUUAGAUGUUGCUCUAGCAAUUUGUUAAAUCAAACUCUGGAGAGAUCGCCUUUGUCUGCUGUUCCUUCUGGUGUAUCUGUGAGCCUAGAGGUGCAGACAUGGCAGAAUCGAGGGGGUGAGAAAGGAAAGAUGAGUGAUGCAUGGCAUUUCAGCAUGCAGUUUCUUCCCUUCUAUUUGUAGUUGUUAACAAAUGAAAAAGAACAGUAUUCUUUUUCUAACAUACCUUAAUCUUUACCUGGAUCUCUUAUUGUAACUGUUACUCAGGUUUGGGUAUUUUUUUUAUUUUUUUUUAAAAAGGCACUACAGCAGUGCUUCAGUUUUGACUGACAGGUAAAGUCUCCUGCCUGUGCUGGUGAACUGCGUAUGUGGUGGCGGCUAGGUGCGGUUUGCUUUUCUGCAGUCUCUAAUUUAUAGUGACCUGUCACUGCGGUAGAUUUCCUUUAGAAGGAAUGACAAGAAUUCAUAUUUUUAUAUGGAAAGAAAUCUGUGACUAAUUGAAGUCUUCUUUUUAGAAGGAAUUCAGUGCACAGAGCAAUUAAACGAGUUGUAGUUCUCACUUUAGUGGUGAGUCCCCUGAGAGUCCUAGCUCAAACCUGGUGGAGGCUUUUUGCUGCCUUUAUUUUUUUUUUCUUUCUCUUCAGCCACAUGAACGCUCAGCGGUGUGCUUUUCCCCCUCCGUACGCUGGUGCUUGCUGAGACUUUUAGGGGUGGGUUGAGUCAGCGCCUGGGGUCGGAGCUGCCCCUUUGCUGGAUGCCAGUAGGCAGGGGCACGUCAGGAACUGCCCAGGCAUCAGUUCUUUGGAUUUGAUCCUUGAAUACUAAACAUCAUGAGCAACUACAGCGUGUCUUUGGUCGGCCCGGCUCCUUGGGGUUUCAGGCUUCAAGGGGGCAAGGAUUUCAACAUGCCUCUGUCUAUCUCUCGGCUUAACGAUGGUGGCAAGGCAGCCCGAGCACACGUGGGGAUAGGUGAUGUGGUUCUCACCAUUGAUGGGAUAAGUACAGACGGGAUGACUCAUCUAGAAGCACAAAACAAGAUCAAGGCAUGUACAGGCAAUUUGAACAUGACUCUGCAAAGAAUGGCUUCUGUCCCAAAACCUGAUCUUGUUCAUGUACCAAAGGGAGAACCUACAGAAGUAGUUAAGCCUGUGCCCAUUGCCUCUGCUGUUGCACCCAAAGUCACUGCCACGGCGAGUGUGGCUUACAAUAAGACACCGAGGCCGUUUGGAGCCGUAACCACCUCCAAAGUCACCUCCAUCCCAUCACCGUCUUCCGCCUUCACCCCAGCCCAGGUGGCAGCCCCGUCCCCUGCGGCUGCCGCCCCAGCCCCAUUUGCUGCGCCCGGACUGCAUGUUAACGCCAAGCCUAAUGCUGAGCAGUGGUCGCCCGCGCCGAGCGCUGCUAAACCUGCAGUUAAUGUCCCACGGCAGCCAGCCGCACACAAUGCCGCCCCGAGCGCCUCUGCCGGCGACGGCGCCCAGGAUGUAGCCGAGGGGCCGCGACGAGGAUUCAGAGAAAACCAGGGGGAGAGUAAACAGCAAAAUGGGAAAACCCCACCCAAACGCCCCCCGCGGAAGCACAUUGUGGAUACCUACACAGAGUUCUACCACACACCCACCCACAGCGAUGCCAGCAAGAAGCGACUGAUCGAAGACACUGAAGACUGGCAUCCCCGGACAGGCACCACCCAGUCCCGCUCUUUCCGCAUCCUUGCCCAAAUCACCGGCACUGAUCAUAUGAAAGAACCAGAACACGAAGGUGCAAAGAAGACUAAUGAUUCCUUGGAGGCUACCCAGCCCGCCGCUUUUACGGCCGCCUCGGCAAGGAACAUGCCCGCCCGCCAAGAAGACGCCGACGUGAGACCUGCUCCCGCCAGCACCACAUCUGCUGCAGCCCUCAAGCCAAUGGGACCCCCGGGCGCUGCCAAGUACUCGGGCUGGCAGCCUGCAAACCAAGCAGCUCCUUCCCGUGGAUGGACAUCAAACAGUAUUAAACCACCUGGAACAACUGACCCGAGUGAAAAAUUUGCAACAACACCUCAGCUACAUGAGCAAGACACGUUGGUUCAGAGGGCAGAGCAUAUUCCUGCAGGAAAGCGUACUCCCAUGUGUGCACACUGUAAUCAAGUCAUUAGAGGACCCUUCUUGGUGGCUUUGGGGAAGUCGUGGCAUCCAGAGGAAUUUAAUUGUGCUCAUUGCAAAACCUCCAUGGCUUACAUUGGAUUUGUGGAAGAGAAAGGGGCAUUGUAUUGCGAGGUCUGCUAUGAGAAAUUCUUCGCCCCUGAGUGUUCGAAGUGCCAAAGGAAGAUCCUUGGAGAAGUAAUAAAUGCUUUGAAACAAACCUGGCACGUUUCUUGCUUCGUGUGUGUGGCCUGUCAUAACCCCAUCCGCAAUAAUGUCUUCCACUUAGAAGAUGGCGAUCCCUACUGUGAGACGGAUUACUAUGCCCUCUUCGGUACUAUGUGCCAUGGCUGUGAAUUCCCCAUUGAAGCUGGAGACAGGUUUCUUGAAGCUCUGGGCCACACUUGGCAUGAUACUUGCUUUGUAUGCUCAGUAUGUAGUGACAGUCUGGAGGGUCAGACUUUCUUCUCCAAGAAGGACAAGCCACUGUGCAAGAAACACGCUCACUCUAUCAACAUCUGAUGCUGGGAGCUCAUCUUGUGUAACAAAUGUACUGAGCAGAAAGAAAGGUUAAAAUGUCCGUGUUCAAUAAUUGGAUAAAAUUAUUUAGAUAUGAUUUUCUAGAGCGGAAAUGUGGAAACUUGCGAGGGGGUUGUACGCUAAUUUUUAGAGCCUUUAUCAGUUAGGGUUUUGCUUCAUAAAAAGAGAGGAAUUGGGAAUCGCACCCAAGCCAAACAAUUAGAGUGCCUUUACCUCUACACUUGGCACAUUACUGUAUUGGUUGCCUGAUUUUAUGACCACAUUUUAUAUCUGCUUCAUUAUAAGAAGUGAAACAUCUAUAAAACUAAAUACCUGAUAUUAGAAGUCUUGAUUUUGCUGCUAUUCAACAAAUAAAAGGAGAUUGGCUUCAGUGAUCCAGAUUGCUUUAUUGUGCUCAUGUAUUUUAAAGUGUGUCUAGAAGUAUUGCAGCUGAAAUCCAUUAAAAGGAACUCAAAGCAAAGAUCACAUGGAAUAUAUAGGUCAGCAACUGGUAUUUUUACCUGAUACUCAUGUACGUGAAGCCUCCUGCUCGACUGCGUGUACCCGUGCCUUUGCAGUUGAAUCUCUGAUGGGUCUGCAAAGGACAGAGGUUUUUACAAAGCAGUUAAGUGGGGCAGUGGCUUUGCUGGUGAACAAGAAUAGUUUAGAAGAUACCACUUAGAACAAAACGUACAUCGGAUACUCCUCCUUAAUUCAUGUACUAUCAAAACACUAGCGAAAAAACCUGCUAGUGAGGGUGUAUUUGACAAGAUGGAAAUGUCAGAUCUGAUCUUAAAAAUAGAGGAGCAGAGAGUUACACUCUUAUGUUUGCAGUUCAGGUUUUAGAUAGUUUUAAGUGCCUUAGAAAGGGGAAAUUGCACUGAAUCUGCAGGUAACAGUGUUUUAUAUCCAGAAUGCGAGACUCUGGUGCUGAAUGAGGGGAGACUGCUGAAGUGCAACUGAGGACAUUUGUUUUUCUCUCAGUACAUUCUUUACCAUGUAGCUCAUGAAUAUGUAUGUUGGUGGUGUGCCAAGUAGUGUACCGAAAACUUAUUUUCUUGCUCAGCUGUUACGAUUUUUAUUAGUUUAGGUUUUAUUUUUCUCUUUUCCUCCAGAUGUAGGGAAUAUAUUUUUGAAUAAUAUAGUACUGAGUUAGGCAGCUCAGUGUCUCUCAGUUCUUGCAAGGGAGCAGAGAGACAAUGCUGUCAUCAUGCAUUUACUGCAAGCCAGGAGACGUAGCCAAUUCUGUGGCUUGACAUGAAUUUUGCCUCCAUACAGAGACUCAGCGCAAGACUUGUGUGCCAGUUAAGUCUCACUUAACUUCAAAUUAGAGCUUAAGUGGUAUGGAGCAAUUGUAGGCAGAUAGGGAAGAGGUUGUGACCCUCUGCACAGGGUGGAUUUGGCUCCAGCAGAGUUGCACAACAGAGAAGGGGCCCUCUCGGGGCUAGAUCAGAUUCCUGAAGGAAACUGAAUUUCCAUGCUGUUUAAUUCAACUGGGAUGACAGAGCUAAAUUGUUAAUCUUUAGUGCUCUUCCCAGUAGACCUUGAAAGUAGCCAUUUACUGGUUUUGUUGUUGUGGGUUUUUUUUUGUUUGUUGGGUUUGUGUUUUUUUUAAUCGAUAGAGAAGACAGGUUUAUCCAUAGAACCAUGGGGAAAAUCGCAAAAAAUUGCCAUUGUUGAGUAAAGCAAUUGUUACAAGGUAUGUCAGCAAAAGAGGGGGGAAAAACCCCAAAAUUGCUGUACUGAAAUAUGAAAAGAUAUUUGGCUUUCUUAUUAAUUCAAUGAGACAGGUUCACAUUGUGGGGCUGUUUCAGUUUAUUUCCUGAAGUUUUUUUUCUUCAAUACUGCCACGUUUCUUUUUCUAACUUCUGGUGGUACGGAAGAAAUGGCAUAAAGCUGUUUAAAAUGUUUACAGUCUUGUAGAUGUACCCUUUUGUGAGUUUGGCUGAAAAUCAGAAGGGUAGAAGCAGACUGGACAAGACACAGUAAUAUAUGAGCCAGGUUGCUUUUGAAACCGGGUGGAAUGUGGAGAAAUGAGACCUAGGGACUAGGUUUCAGUGGAGCUAUAUUGCACAUGCCUGAGGAAAGAGGAUGGGAAUGUACAGGAUAAGGUGUUUAGUAAUUUCUGCAAUUCAAACCUUGCUAUUUUAAAGUAGGAUAGAAACUUUCCAGUUUAUCAUUGUCCUUAAAAUCAAAUUCAGUUUUGUUUAAUUUCAUAAUUUUAGUUGGAGUUGUAUUUCUUAAUCCGUACACUCUAGGGUUUGAAAUUUUGCAGUUGUUAAUGAAUUUGAGGACAAAAGCCUGAAAGACUCCAGUAGUACUGCUUCAUUUAGCUGCUUUGCCUUUUAAUUUCUGCUUUUUAUCUAUUUGUUUAAAAUUUAAAAAGAAGCAUAGAGUCACUGAUAUAUAAUGAAUAUUUAAUGGCUCUACCAAAUUAUAUAAAUCAACUAAAAGGAACAUAAUUUUUAUCAUUAUUUUAAUAAGUGAGAUUUUAGUAGAGCACUUUAUAAUAAUACCAUAUAUCUCACUGAAUAUUUAUUACCUUUUUUUUAGGACUAUUUCAUACUGUUCUCUUUGCAUUUCAUUUUAUUUGUAAGCCUGCAUAUUUACCUCUGGAAUCUUUUGGUGUGUGAGUGUGUGUAUGUGUAUGUACUUCUCUAUACGUGCACACAUGCAUGUACGUUGAGAGACAUACGUAUAUAUGCAUAUAUACAUAUGCAUAUUUGACUGCAGACUUGACAUAGCAAAAAUCAGCACCGUUCCAUCAUCAUUUGGGGGUUUCAUGAGAUUCCCAACUAUUUUUCAUACAACACAUGUAUAGCAUUCAUGUUUUGAGGGAAUGUUAGAAAGUCAGGAGGGACAUGGUAGUCACCUAACUACUGUAGUUUUUUGCAUGCAUUUUCAGUCAGUAAUUAUUUUUCUUCCAUAACUGCCUGUAAGAUAGCCAGGUUUAACUUUGUUUGAAGGUAGAAGGCCUUUAUAAAUGAAUAAUUGAAUCAUGUUGACAGUUUCAGUAUAUUGUAACUAAAUAAUUCAGAAUUAUCUGUAAAUAUAAAUGCUUAAUAUAACUAUGCAAUAAAAUUAAAAGCAAAAGUUGA